UAGAAUUCUAGAAUUAUUUCAACUGAAAUUAAAUUUAGAGCAGAUCUUAGUGAAAUGAUUAUCAAGAAAAUUUUCCCAAUAACACUGGCAUGUUUUUAGAAGUUUUCAAUAUAUCUGCUACAGUUUUGUGCAUAUUAUUUCUCAUUGGACACAGAAAAUGUGACACAAUCCAAAAUAGCAAACACCAUGCAGAACUAAUGAUGGACUUACUUCAACCCUACAAAAAUUAUCAUGGACAACGUUUGAAAAAAUCCAAUAGACACAUAAGAGAAUGUCAAGAGAUAAAAUAUGGCAAUGUUACUCAUUCGAAAGUUAAAGUCAAACCAGAUACAAAUAUAUCUUACCCCUUAGUAGAAGUUAAACAUUUAACUAAAGAAAUUGGUUCAUAUUAUUAUAAAAAUCCUGUAACAAUAAGAUAUCAAAGGGUUGAUUUUCCUUUAAAUACUCUGUCAGUGUUAGAACCAGGAGAACCAGGAACAUGUCGGGAGGGCCAUGGCACCAGAUCUAUAACUAGUAAAACGGCAUUGAGUGGCAACUGUAUUGUAGGGGUAAAUGGUGGAUUUUUCAAUACAACCACUGGUGCUUGUUUAGGAAACAUAGUUAGUAAUGGUAGAUUAGUACAAGAUUCACAAGGUUUACAGAAUGCUCACUUUGGUAUCACAGAAGAUGGGUAUAUCUAUGUUGGAUAUUUAUCAGAACUAGAUUUGAUAACUCAACAGUUUAAACAGUUACUAGGUGGUGUUUUAUGGUUGAUACGAGAUGGAGAAAAGUAUAUUGAUAAAAGUAAACAAAUGGAAUGUCCUGAUGUUGAGGAAACAGGCACAAUUGAAACAUUUAUAGAGGUACAAUCAGCUAGAUCAGCUGUUGGUCAUGAUAAAGAUGGCAGAGUUAUAAUGGUACAAGUGGAUGGUAAAACAAAUGCUAGAGGAGUAAAUCUACAUGAGUUUACAGAUAUAUUACUAGAACUAGGUGUUGUUAAUGCUAUCAAUUUAGAUGGUGGAGGUUCAACUACUACAGUUAUAAAUCAUACCUUAGUUAAUUAUCCUUCUGAUAAAUGUGCUGAUGGUACAUUUAGUUGUGAAAGAGAAAUAUCAACUAUAUUGUGUGUUCACGAACCAGAAUGUCAACCUAAUGACUGUAAUCAACAUGGUCAUUGUGUACUGGGUAAAUGUGUCUGUGAUGGAUAUUGGGUAGGAUCAGAUUGUUCUAGCCUUUCAUGUCCAUUCUCUUGUAGUCAUCAUGGUACAUGUACUAAAGAUGGUUGUAUAUGUGAUGAUGGGUGGUAUGGAAUAAACUGUUCUACACCCUGUAAACCAGGUUAUUAUGGUAGUAAUUGUGCUCAUCAAUGUUAUUGUUUAAAUCAUGGUACUUGUAAUAGUCAAACUGGUCAUUGUGUUUGUUCACCUGGUUUUACUGGAAAAUACUGUGAAUCUUUAUGUGAAUUUGGUUACUAUGGUGAUAAGUGUAAUAAUCUGUGUACAUGUGAUAAUGGUUGUUUUUGUCAUCAUGUUACUGGAAGCUGUAAUUUGUCA